AUGGUUUCCGCAAGUGAAAACCCGAACUUCCGGUUGCGCGUCAUGCGUUCCAGCGUGACCCGCAUCGCCAUUUUAACUCACCGUUCAGUUCAGGCGCAGCAUUUUUCUUUACAAGUUCCCGGUCCCAGUAAAACAUGCCUCAGAAGGACUUACAGCCUGUGGGUGUCAAGCACCACAUGCCCAGGUCACCAAGGGCUCCUGGGAACGGUUGGAAUCAGCGUUUCACCAGGACUUCAGCAGAAGGAGGCAGGCUGCUGGCGGUACAUGUAG